AUGGCGACCUACGCGUCCAUCAAGGACCUCCAUGCCUCGCUCCCCGCUUUCCAGCCACCCAUCCCCACUUCCACUCUUCCUUCAAUUGCCCUCGUCUUCCUCCUCGCAUUCCUUGCAUUGGCCUUUCUCUUCACUACGCAAGUCGCAUCCGUGCUGAUGGCUCCGUGA